AUGCACGCCUUCAGCCUCGUCCACGGCCUCGCCGGGCUCCUCGCCGCUUCCUGCGCCGCCGCCCAGCAGCUGCAGACCAUCAACAACUUCGGGUCCAACCCCACCGGUCUGACGAUGCAAGUCCACGUCCCCGCCAACCUCCGACCGUCGCCGGCCGUCAUCCUCGCCCUGCACGGUUGCGGCGGCAACGGCCAGGGCUACGCCCGGCAGGCCGACUACACGACGCAGGCCUCGUCGCGCAACUACAUUGUCAUCUACCCGUCGUCCCGGCGCGACUUCAACUGCUGGGACGUCGCCACGCCGGCGUCCCUGACGCACGACGGCGGCGGCGACAGCACGGGCCUCGCCAACAUGAUCCGCCACACGCUGACGGCGUACGGCGCCGACGCCGCCCGCGUCUUCGUCACGGGCACCUCGUCCGGCUGCAUGAUGACCAACGUCAUGAGCGCCGCGUACCCGGACCUCGUCGCCGCGGCGUCGUGCUACUCGGGCGUCGCCGCCGGCUGCCUCGCCGGCUCGCCCGGCAGCAGCCCCAUCAGCGCCAACCCAACGUGCGCCAACGGCCAGAUCGCCCUGUCGGACCAGGCGUGGGCGGCGCGCGCGCGCAACAUGUUCCCCGGGUACGCGGGCGCGUACCCGCGCUUCCAGACGCUGCACGGCACGGCCGACACGCUCGUGCGCAUCCCCAACCUCGACCAGCAGCUGCGGCAGUGGGCUGCCGUCAAGGGGCUUUCGUUGACGCGGAACAACACCAACACGCCGCAGAGCGGGUACACGCAGAUUGUGUACGGCGACGGCACACAGCUUGUCGGCUACUCGGCGCAGGGGGUGGGGCAUACCGUGCCUGUCAAUGUCGGACUUGACCUGCGGUGGUUCGGCCUGUGA